AUGAAUUGCUUAUUUUGGAAUUGUCAAGGGCUUGGGGGUCCUUUGACAAUUCAUACCCUCGAAGAGAUUCUUCGAGAACAUAACCCUCAAUUGGUGUUUCUGUCGGAAACGAGAGCUACACCGGGAUUCAUAGAUAAGUUAAAACAACGGUGGAACCUUUUUGGUAUUGCGGUAGAUCGAGUCGGUAGUGGCAGCGGUUUGGCAUUAUUGUGGAGUAAAGAGGUUACGGUCGAAUUGAGAAGUUACUCGCAGAAUUUUAUUGAUGUGAAUGUCGAUUGUUUAUUGCGGCAUAAAAAAUGGAGAUUCACGGGUUUUUAUGGGUUUCCGGAGAACCACCGGAAACGAUUGUCAUGGGAACUUUUGAGAUCUUUAGGGGGAAAAGAUACAUUACCGUGGAUAGUAGGAGGUGAUUUUAACGAGACUCUUCAUAUUUCUGAGAAAAGUGGUGGUCGCGAUCGUCCACCGCAUUUUAUGGAAGAUUUUCGGGGAGCUAUUGAUGAGUGUGGGUUAUCAGACAUUGGGUGGGAAGGGAAGAUCUUCACGUGGACCAAUAACCGCAAGCAUCCGUAUACCAUUCGCAGCAGGUUGGACAGGGUUUGUGUAAACGGGGAAUGGGCGGUUUUAUUUCCCAAUGCAGUGGUCCGUCACCUUGAGCACGUCGGGUCUGAUCACUCGCCGAUCCUUCUAAAUCCACAGGGGAUGGCGAGUAGAACCGGCUGCAGAAGAAGGAGGCCUUUUCGGUACGAGGCAAUGUGGGCGAGUAGGAGCGACUGCGAGGAGAUUGUGCAACGUGUGUGGGACUCGACGGACAGACUGGAUGAUAUCACGGAACUGCUGCAACGGACGACUGACUGCAGAAUGGCACUGAUGCAAUGGAACAAGUUUGCGGUUAAGGCACCCGAUAAAGAAAUCAAAAUUGUAAAGCAGCGAAUUAAUGAGCUACGAGGAAUGAGACAGUCGACGGCGAUCAGGGACGAGUGUAGCGAGCUCCAAGGCCAUUUGGAGAAAUUGAUAGGUGAUAAAGAUAUGUACUGGAGGCAACGCAGUAAAGCUCAGUGGAUUAAAGAUGGGGAUCGAAACACUAAAUUUUUCCAUGCUCGAGCAACGAGCCGAUUGAAGCAGAAUCGAGUUGAUAAGAUUCGGGAUAAAUAUGGCAAUUGGCAUCGAUCUGAGGCGGGGAUUGAGCUUGUUAUACAGGAGUAUUUUGACCGUAUCUUCAGCUCUUCUAGACCGUCUGAUCAAGACAUUGAUGAGAUCUUAAAUGACUUGGAGCCAAGAGUAGACAGCGAGGCGAACCAACGGCUUUCUGCGCCAUUUACGGCGUCUGAGAUUCUUCCUUCUAGUCUCAAUUUUACUUUUAUUGUCUUGAUUCCGAAAAAGCCGAAUCCUGAGCGUAUUACUGAAUAUAGGCCUAUUAGUCUCUGCAAUGUUAUAUACAAGAUAGGGUCCAAAAUGAUAGCCAACAGAGUUAAACCGUUAUUAGACUCCAUUAUUUCACCUACUCAAUCGGCAUUUGUCCCGAACCGCCUUAUCACAGACAAUAUCUUAGAUGCUUACGAAGUGAAUCACUUUAUCCGAACUUGUCCCAAUAGAUCGAAUGAGCACAUGGUUGUUAAGCUUGACAUUAGCAAGGCUUACGAUCGAAAUGCAGUCGAUAGGGGCGAGAUGCACGGUGUCAAAGUGGCCCCUACGGCCCCAGUCAUCACAAAUCUAUGCUUUGCAGAUGAUACUCUUAUAUUCUGCAAAGCAACGGGUGGGGAUGCCGUGAGGUUGAAGAUGAUUUUGGAACGAUACGCGGGAAUUUCUGGCCUUGAGGCCGGGAAAGAGGUACUUAUCAAGGCAGUGUUGCAGGCUAUUCCAUCAUUUAUUAUGAGCUGUUUCAUGCUACCUUGGGGUCUAUUAUCGGACUUAGAGGCGGCGAUCAAAAGAUUUUGGUGGGGUAACGGAGCGAGUAAGAAGAUUGCUUGGAUGACAUGGGAAAAGAUGUGUCAAAGCAAAAGGGACGGAGGUAUGGGGUUCAGAGAUUUAAGAUGUUUUAAUCUGGCAAUGUUAUCGAAACAACUGUGGAGAGUCCUCACAAUUCCGAGCUCUCUACUGACACAAAUACUUAAGGCUCGCUAUUUUCCUUCUUCGGAUAUUUUUCGAGCCACAUUGGGGACAAGGCCAUCGGCUACUUGGCGAAGUCUUUUGAAAGCGCGACCGGGUUUUGAAAAAGGGUUGCGCCGCAAAAUCGGUAAUGGAUUGGACACGUCUAUUUGGGGUGAUGCUUGGCUUCGAGAGGAGGGCAACUUGCGCAUUAUCACAAAAAGACCGGUGUCGACUGCUUUCCCGAAUAGAGUGGCGGACUUGAUGGAUCCAAUAACCAAGCAAUGGAAUGUUGAUUUGAUCAGGCAAACAUUCUGGACUAUUGAUCAUGCACGGAUUUUAUCUAUUCCUAUUGGCUGCCUUGGGGUAAGUGAUCGGUGGGUUUGGAAUUGCACGAAUAACGGACGUUUCUCAGUUAGAUCAUGUUAUUUUAUGCUUAUGAAUAUGGAAUCUGAGACGGGCAGGAGAACUCGGGGUUGCGGAGUGGCGGGCGGAAGCAACUCAUCUUACGGGUGGAAGCUUCUUUGGGAGUUCUGCAUUCCGCCGAAGGUGAAGGUGUUUUGGUGGAGAGCGUGUGCUGAAAUUAUUCCAACGGGUGCUGCCCUUUUUAAACGAAAGAUCAAGGAUACGCCAUCGUGCUUCCGCUGUGGAGCUGCGAGGGAGACCUUUGUGCAUGCCAUUCAUGGGUGUGGGGACAACCGUAAGGUUUGGAGUGGUGAUGCGGUCAAGCUUGGGCCAAUCGACGACCUGAGUUCGACGUGGCAGUGGUUUAACCACUUACACAUACUGUUAGGGCCUGACAAGAUAGAAUUAGCAUUAAUAAUAACUUGGAAAUUGUGGGAUAUCCGAAACAAGCAGCUGCAUGGAGAACCGACUAUCCAACUGUCGGAAGUGCUUAACUGGUGCGAUAAUUUUCUGGAUGUAUAUCGACAACAAUUGCAGCCUUCCCCCCCGACGGACCGUGUUGUACAAACAGAUGUGUGGUGCCCUCCUCCUCUAGGAACCUACAAAAUCAAUUUCGACGCGGCAUUUCCAGACAGUCAAGACUACUACCGAAUUGCUGCUGUCGCGCGUGAUCAUCAAGGUGUGUGUGUCAAGUGGAGGAUGAAGUGCAUUCCGGGAAGACCGACUGUGGCCGAUGGUGAAGCGCACGCGGCUAUGAUGGCAGCAGAAAUGGUUUCGAUGCAGGCCUGGACGUCGGUGAUACUAGAGGGCGAUUGCAAGGCUGUGAUUAGUGCAUUUUUAGAAGGUAACUUUCACACAUACUCCUAUGGUGCCUAUUUGGAGGAGAUGGUUAAGUUUUUAGCUACUGCUUCUUUCUUUAAAGUUCAUUUUGUCAAGCGCUUAUGUAAUCGAUUAGCGCAUAAUUUAGCUUCGUUGCAUUUUUCUACCUGUAUUGAAGGGGACAAUUUACCUUCGACUUUAGCCAAUUUGGCACAUUGA